GGCGAUAUGGAGAAAUUCAAGGCGAAUACCGAGGUGCUUGAAGCCGAAACUCGGAAAAUAAUCCUUCACAAAUAAAUCCUGUCGCGACACCGAGGCAAAGCUGCAGCUCGCAAAAUCCGACGGCAUUUUCAACUGCAAUAUGAAGGAAGGCCAUUUACCCAUUCCUGGCAGCCGCGCGGGCGGAUAAUGUGAGCGGCGGGAUUCUUUGUCAGCCCAUCAACCCCGCCGCUGCUGUCUUCUGGCGCGUGGCCUGCGUUUCUACUGGACGGGGGUGCCAAGACACGCAAUCCCUGACGAAGCACAUCAGUGUCCAGCGAUGCAGGGCGAGCUGCCGAGUGGCUUCCGAUCACACCCUCCCGCGCGACCGUCUGUCGGAAUCCUUGGCACCUCCCUGGUUGAGAUGUCAAGAUGUGCGAGUUGGCAGGUCGGGGCCCGGUCGGUGUUGGAGGAGCGACUAGACAAAGCACAAGCUUACAGCCGAUUCGCGCUCGCCCUGAGCGGAAUUCCAUGCCAUCACCCCGCCCAUGAGCUGCACCUCAAGGGCAAAGCGGCGAGCUCGGCGAGCUGUGGAGGGCUAGGCCACCGUUGACAAACGUGGUGAUGGUUGUAUAAAAGCUUCGGGAUGCCCAUGGGGUUUCUUCCUCUCAGUCUAGAUGAUAAUAUCCCCAAGCUUCCAUCAGACCACUCCUAUCUCACACCCUAUCGAGCAACCUUGACCAAAUCACUUAUACCAUCUACCCUGCACACCCCAACACAAUGCGCGCUGUCCAGACGACAUCGUGGGAGGAGGGUCCGCACCAGGUGACGCUGGACGCACCGCCGGCGCCGUCCGAGUCGCAGCUGCAGCUCCGCAUGAAGUACGUCGGCCUGCACAACGUGGUGCGCUCGCGCGCCUCGGGCCGGCACUACUCGGCGUCGCUGCUGCCGCACACGGUGGGCAUCGACGGCGUGGGCGUCGACGAGGCCACGGGCAAGCACUACUUUGUCAUCGGCAUGGCCCCAAACUUCGGCACCGCCGUCGAGGUCCUCAACGUCGACCGCCGCGCCGCCGUCCCGCUCCCCGAGGGCGCCGCCGCCGACGCCGCCGCCGUGGCCGCCAGCGUCAACCCGGGCAUGAGCUCCUGGCUCGCCCUCAAGCUGCGCACCGCCGACCUGCCGCAGGGCUUCACGGCCCUGGUGCUCGGCGCCACUAGCGCUAGCGGCGAGCUGGCCGUGCCGCUCGCCCGCGCCCUCGGCGCCGCCGCCGUCGUGGGCGCGGCCCGCAACCCGGAGGCGCUCGCCGCAGUCCCCGGCCUGGACCGCCGCGUCGAGCUCAGGGGCGACGGCGGCGCCGACACGGACUGGACGGGCAUCCUCGAGGGCGUCGACGUGGUGCUCGACUACAUCAGCGGCGACGUGGCCGCGCGCGUGCUCGAGGCCCUGCCGCCGCGCGGCAAGGCCGUGCAGUUCGUGCAGAUCGGCGGCCUGUCGGGCCAGCCGUCCAUCAACGUCCCGAGCGCCGCGCUGCGGUCAAAGAACCUGACCAUCCGCGGCUCCGGCCCGGGCGCCUUCUCCAUCCCCGAGAUGGCCAAGGAGAUGCCGGGGCUCGUCGCCGCCCUGGCCGCCAUGGAGCUGAAGAAGCCACAGCUGGUCCCGCUCGACGAGUUUGAGAGGGUCUGGGCCGACAAGGCCGUUGCCAAGAACGGGAGGAUCGUGUUUACGCUGUGAGAAGGGCUGUUUUCCUUGUCAGGAUAUGCA